AUGAUCUUCCCAUUCGGCCCUGAGGAGACCACUGACAACAGGCUAGUGAUCGAACAGACGAAGCCCACUGUGCUCCUUACCUCAGCUCGCGUUGACUACUUGAAUACAACACAAAGCUCAGAAAACGUUGGAACUCAUCUUUACCUGCCUUAUCAACUCGAUAUACGCCCGUCACAAGAAUUCAGCCAUUCCAAUGCUACGGCUAAAUUGGCGGCUCUGGAAGUUGCGUCAGCUCAUGAACAACGGAUGAAGUUCUUUGUCCCUCAUAAUGGAUUGAUUGGCCCGGAGCAAAUGGAGGCGGAGAGUCUGGGUUUUACACUUCAGGAGGGACGGCUUCUGCACAUGGCAAGCUCCAUCGAUAUGGAGAAUACCGUCACCAUAGGCUGUGCCGGGGCUGUCCUCGCAUACCUCCAAAGGCGAAGAACUACCGACUCGAUCACUACACUUGGGUCCACUGGAUCAUAUCAAGUUCGCUCCGUCGAGAUGUUCAGCCUCAAAGGAACUAUGUUCAUCAAUAGAAGCACCUUACUUGCCCUGCAAAUUAUGGAGUCCGAAUCGCACCCCAGUAUGCUCAAUCAAGGCCCCGGAAGAAAGUCACCAGCCUCGAAAGAAGGCCUCUCCAUAUAUGGCUUGUUCCGGCGCUUCGCACAUACUCCGCAGGGGAGAAACCGGCUGAGGCAACUGUUCCUUCGCCCGAGUGUCGAAAUGAAUGUCAUCUGCGAGCGGCACGACUUCAUCAGUGUCUACCUGAGGCAGGAUAACUAUAAUGCUUUGAAUAAAAUUGUGAAGAGCUUGAAGCAUAUCAAAAACCUUCGGCCCGUGAUGGUCAACCUCCGAAAGGGCAUCAGUACUGGAAGUGCUAAGAUCACCGGCUUCAAGACGACAGUUUGGGCUACACUACUUGCUUUCGCCUUCUAUGGCAUUGAUAUUCAUGACGCGCUCAAGGAGACAUUCGGUGCAGAUGCUCUAAGCUUGCGUACUCAGGUCGACAUUGAUUGCUCAGAAGACCAAGGUAGAACUGUUGUGAAACCAGGUCUCGACCGAGGACUUGACCGGAUGAAGGACACAUAUGACGGUUUGAACGAUCUCUUGAAAGAAGUUGCGACAGAGAUAGCAGCGACGAUCCCCGAAAGCCUCGAUAUCGACGUGAACGUGAUAUACUUUCCCCAGCUCGGGUUCAAUAUUGCAGUCCCACUCAAUGACAGGGGUGAUGCAGCUUACAGCGGCAUUGCUGAUGAUUGGGAGCUUAUAUUUGUUACUGAGAAUCGAGCAUACUUUAAGGAUUUCAGAAUGAGGGAGAUGGAUCAGAGCUUGGGUGACAUAUACGGGCUGAUUUGCGAAAAGGAAAUUGAGAUUGUCUAUGAUCUUGCGCAGAAGGUUCUGCAAUAUGAGGAUGUGCUCGUGCAAGCGUCAGAUAUGUGUGGCCAGCUCGACAGUCUCCUUGCUAUGGCUCAAGCGGCGAGUUUCUAUAAUAUGGUUCGCCCCAGGAUGGUGGAGGAGAAUAUGAUCAGAAUCAAAGGUGGCAGGCACAUACUUCAGGAGUUGACAGUCCCAUCAUACGUACCAAAUGAUACAUUCUUAGUAGGGGGCAGCUGGGAGACUGGAAGUCCAGCCUCACAGGAGGCGCUGGAGAACCCCCAUGGUCCAAGUAUGCUUAUUCUUACCGGUCCCAAUUACUCUGGCAAAAGUGUCUAUAUGAAACAGGUUGCUCUCAACAUAUAUCUGGCGCAAGUCGGAAGCUUCGUUCCAGCAGAGAAGGCGGAAAUCGGAGUAACUGACAAGAUUCUGGUGAGAAUGAACUCCCAAGAGAGUGUGUCAAAGAUCCAGAGUACAUUCAUGAACGACCUUCAACAAAUUUCCUUUGACCUGAAGCAGGUAACCGAAAGAAGCUUACUCCUAAUCGAUGAAUUCGGCAAGGGAACCAACGAAAGCGAUGGCAUUGGCCUCGCCUGCGGGAUACUCGAGCAUUUGCUGAACCUUGAGGACGCACCAAAGGUCAUCGCGGCAACGCAUUUUCAUGAAAUAUUCGAGAAUGGAUUCCUACAGCCAAGGCCUAGGCUCCAGCUUGGACAUAUGGAAGUUCGCAUCUCUGGGGAGGCUCGCCACGUAGAAGACCAGAUCACCUAUCUCUAUAAUUUUCGUCCAGGUCGUAGCAACAAAAGCUUCGGGACGAUCUGCGCAGCAAUGAACGGGAUAAGUCAAACGAUCGUUGACCGGGCGAAUGAACUCGCAGCUCUCUCUGCUCGCGGCGAAAACCUGAUCGCGGCUUGUGCCACAUUGUCGGCUGAAGAGACAGAGACUCUGGCUGAAGCGGAUGUUUUAGCGAGGCGUUUCCUGGGCUGGGAUUUGUCGAACACUCGCGAUGCUGACGGGCUGAGAGACAUGCUCGUGUCCCUCUUUGCUAUAACGGAAGAGUAA